CAAGCACAUUAAGAUGAUGCAUAAAAAAAAAGAACAUGCAUGCAAUUCAUUUUUUAUUCGUGUUUUGGCUUCUUUUUUUCCACGACAAUGUGAUAAGGAAUUGCGAUUAUGCUUAUCCUAUCUCAAUACAAAACUUGUAAUGAUAUAGGUGAAACAUGUCAAUGUCCCACCAACAGACCACCAUUGACAUUAAUGACAUGGAGCUUAGAGACAAAAUUGAAACCGGAAGAAGCCUAUAAAUAUGCUGCCUUCUCUAUGACGACCACAACCACCACCAACGCCACCAAUGCAUUCGAUGGGGACGGAAUUGAAACUUCGGAUCCGAGACUCCACGGCGCACUGCCGUCUCACCAAGCUUUUGUCUGCAUUUCACGUCGAAACUCAACACCAAGAGAAUUUCUUCUUUGACGGUGCCAACAACGAGCUGUCAUCACAACAAGUCGUGCUCUUCCUUCGGUUCUACGGUGAUGACACCCCACAAUGCUUCAUGUCACUCAAAGCCAGGGCAGUCCUGGACGAGGGUGUGUACAGGGUUGAUGAGGAGGUGGAAGAGAAUUUCGAGCCAGCGGUUGGGCGCGCCUGUGUCGCCCAACCGGAGAAGCUUUCGUCGGUGGAGUGUGGGAUAUUGAAGAUGUUAAAGGAGAAGUUUGGGGUUCUCAACUUUGUGGGGCUUGGAGGGUUUGUCAAUGUGAGGGAUGUGUACAAGUGGGAGGGCUUGAAAUUGGAGGUUGAUAAGACUCUGUAUGAGUUUGGGACUAAUCAUGAGAUUGAGUGUGAAACUAGUGAUCCUGAAGGAGUCAAGAAGGUGCUUGAGGAGUUCUUGAAGGAGAAUGGGAUCCAAUACUCUUACUCGCAGGCCUCAAAGUUUGAGGUUUUUCGAUCCAAGAAACUUCCACAGUCAGUGAAUUGAUUUAGGUGAAUUUCAUAAAACUGUGUGUGUCACGAUGUUCAUUUAAUAUAAUAAGUGAUAAUAAUAAGAAAUAAUGUAAUCACAAAAAAGAUGUUUAUUUAAUAAUUAAAAGCUUUGCUUUUUGAAGUCA